AUGAUGAAAAAUCUAAUUCUACUCAUUAUUGUUUCAUUAUACACUAUAAUGUUUGCUAAUGGUAGUCUAAUAACCGACCUGGGUCAGGUAUUUAUGCCGAUCAACAGAAAGAUUCCAGGUGGUUCGCCUAUUUCAACUUGUGAUGUUCAAAAUGAUCAGAUACUAACUAUGAAAUACCUUCAUAUUUCUCCAAAUCCCCCAGAACGUGGUGCUAACCUCACAAUUACAGCCAGCGGCAUUCUCGAAGAAGAUGUGGAGGAGGGGGCGUACGUUGAACUGGAAGUUCAUUUGGGUCUCAUAAAAUUACUUUCAUUAACCCUUGACUUAUGUGAACUAUUAGAGGAUAACAAGCUAAGUGUAUCAUGUCCUUUAGAAGCUGCAAGAUAUAAAAUAGAGAAAGUGGUUGAAAUUCCAAAACAAGUACCACCCGGAGUUUACACAGUCCAGGCUAGAGCAUAUACGGAAGAUGGUGAUGAAAUUGUCUGUUUAUCAGGUAAAACAUCCUUCCCUCCCGUUGUACGUAGAUGGAAAUCGAUUAUUCGUCAAAUUUUCACAUUCCAAUGGUGGUAG